AUGCCGGCUCAUCCUGAUUCCAACCUCUACCCUGAGGCCAGCGGCCCGGCCAAGACGCUGGUCGAUCAGCAUCGCGCUGAACAGCCAUUGAAGUUGUAUGCGGGGUGGUUCUGUCCAGGCCUAGUCCCUACACUCUCAACGCCAGCAGGUCCACACCCACGGCCACUGUAUGAAUCCACUGUGAUUCUAGAGUAUCUGGAAGAAGCAUACCCAGACCAUAAACCCCGCUUCCUGCCAGAGGAUACCUACGAGCGUGCCCGCGCACGCAUCUGGAUUGACUAUGUGACAUCUCGAAUAAUCCCAUCAUUCCACCGUUUCUUGCAGUAUCAGCCUGCAGAUGGCAGUGCCCAGAACACAGAUACGGGGUUGAACCAGGCUCGGCAAGAGUUUUUGAAUCACCUGAAGGCCUGGACUAAGGAGAUGCACACCGAAGGACCCUUCUUCCUUGGUGAGGAUAUUGGUCUACCGGAUCUGGUGCUGGCUCCGUGGGCGGUACGACUGUGGGCGUUUGAUGAGUUUAAAAAUGGUGGAUUGGGAAUUCCGAGCGAGGGAAAAGGGGGUCCGGAAGAGGAGAUUUGGAGCCGGUGGAGGACUUGGCUGGCAGCUAUCGAGAGCAGAAGGAGUAUCAAGGAGACCACUAGUGAUCUUGCCCAUUACCUUCCCAUCUACAAGAGAUAUGCGGAUAAUACAGCUCAAAGUGAGUUAGCUAAGGCGACACGGGCUGGCAGGGGGGUUCCUUGA